AUGUCUGGAACGAGUACGCUAUGGAACAUCUUGACAUCGAAUCCUGCGAUCACAUGGGUUGGGUAUGGCAAGGAGAGUUUUUUCUUCAGCGGGGAGAUACCUUCCACCACGCAGUGCGACAAUUUGGUGGAAGAGUUUCAGAGACAAACUGCCGAGCAGCGACUUAUUCGCAAUAGGACUGACCUGAUAGUCGGGGACUGGUCAGCGACACACUUCAGCUGUUCUUGCUGUCCGCUUUCCCUGAAGACGUUGAAUGAAAACCUUAAGAUCAUUGUCGUACUACGCGACCCGGUACAGCGCGCAAUAAGUCGCUUCAUGGAACAGAAACGCAACGAGAGAAUGCCUUUUCACAAUCUGGUGGUUAACUUCACAUUUGCCGAGUAUGCGGAGCGAGAGGCAGCUGCGAUCGAGGCGUGCGUGGCGCGAGCGGCGCCUCUACGGCAGCCCCGUUCCGGAGGGGCCCCUGGCCAGGAGCCGCCGCUGGCAGGGUUAUUGGUCACUUUUUCAGUUACGGGCUUCUCCUCCUCCUCCUCCGAUAUCGUCGGCUGGUCCGUGUACGACGUGUUCUUGGAGAAUUACUUGGCUCACUUCUCGAAGGAGCAGGUACGUGUGUUGUACACAGAUGACCUGGCUGCCAAGCCGCUGGAGUCUGUGCGGCAAGUUGAGGCGUUCCUAGGCGCGCCGCCUCACACAUACGACCCCAAUGUCGUCAGCAUGGUGUACAACAGCCGAGAAUGCUACCAUUGGCGAUGUGGUCGGAAGAGGGGAGAAAUCCAAACCCAGUCGACCGCAGAGGUGGCGGCAUCCUCGUCCUCGUCCGUGUCCUCGCCCUCCUCCGCGGAUGGUGGUGAUGGCGGGUACCGCUACGGCCCCAAAGACGGGCCUUUCGCGCAAGCUCGGUCCCGCCUGGUGCGGCUCUACAGGCCGCACAUGCAGCGGCUGUUCGCCUGGGCGGACAAGGGCAUCAUCGCGCAACCACCGGCGGCGUGGCGGAGCCUGUACGCCUAG